CGAAAAAAUGGCGGCUUUGAAGGUCGCGGCGUUUCUAGGAAUAAUCACAGCUCUUGUGGCGGUUUUGAUCGCUUGGUACAUGAAUGAGAAUUUUGAUCUUGAAACUCUGCGAGGCAAAAAGGUCGUGAUUUGUGGGGCUUCGACCGGGAUUGGAGAAGAACUCGCUUAUCAAUAUGCCAAACUUGGAGCUCAACUUUUACUUGUUGCUAGGCGUGAAGAGGAACUCAAAAAAGUUGUGGCACUUUGCGGAGAAUUAGGAGCACAGACGGCAAACUACGUUGUUGCUGAUUUGUCUUCUUUGGAGGCUGCCAAGUAUUUAGCUGAAGAAGCUAACAAGCUAUUUGAUGGACCUGAUGUAUUAGUUCUCAACCAUUUAAAGCCAUUUUACGAACUGUGGAAUGAGAACAGCAGCCUUGAAAAAGUUCCUCAGUACUUUGCCGUCAAUACCAUUAGUUACAUCAACAUAGCUACCCUAAUGCUCCCAGGCCUUCAGAAGACCAAUGGAAGUAUAGUUGUCGUCUCAUCAUUUGUGGGGGUAGCUCCAGUACCAAGGGUGUCAACUUACUGUGGCAACAAGCAAGCAUUGCAUGGGUUUUUUAAUAGCUUACGUCAAGAUUUAGCUCUGCAAGGCCAACGUGGGAUUUCUGUAACAUUGUGUGUUUUAGGGUUUAUAGAGACAAAAAAUGCUCGUGCAAUGACUAAAGGUCUUCCUGUGGAGAAAGGUGUAAAGCGAGAAGCUGUUGACGAAUGUGCUCUGUCCAUGAUCAAGGGAGCUGCUUUGAGGAAAAGGCAAAUGUAUUUCCCUUGGUAUUUAAGUUUUGUAGAGACAGUACAUUUCUUUUUCCCAAGUUUUGUCGAGAGUGUAAUUCAAGUUGCUACCAAUGAAAAACCAAUGACAGACAUUUGGGAAUGGUGACAUUUUAUUAGCAUAGGCUCAAUGUCCUCAAGCACAGCCUAAAAACGUCAUGCCCUUCUCGACAUUUUAAUAGAUUUAGCCAAGCCUAAAAGCAGGGCUCCCAAGUUCUUAAUAUUAAUGAUAACAUAAAAGAUGUGCAUUUG